ACAAACUUAACCUUUUUUUCCUUCCUUUGGGUUGUUUUCAAAAUGGAUGAAAUCGAUGUUCCUCCAUUUUUCAUCUGCCCAAUCUCUCUGGUGAUCAUGAGGGAUCCCGUCACGGUUUCAACAGGGAUUACAUACGACAGGGAAAGCAUCGAGAAAUGGCUGUUUUCCGGCAAGAACACUGCGUGUCCGGUUACGAAACAAGCUAUUUCCGAUUGCGAACUUGUCCCCAAUCAUACCCUGAGAAGAUUGAUUCAAUCUUGGUGCACUUUAAAUGCUUGCCAUGGCAUUGAACGAAUCCUGACGCCGAAGCCACCAAUCGGAAAAGCGCAGAUUACAAAGCUCCUCGACGAUGCCAAGUCGCCGUUGCAACGGAUGAAGUGCCUCCGGCGGCUUCGAUCGAUCGCUUCCGAGAAUGGUACGAACAAGAGAUGCAUCGAGUCUUCCGGUGCCGUCGAGUUCUUGGCUUCGAUCGUGAGCGAAUACGACUUGACAGCGGCUGACGAGGCUUUGAACACUCUCUACAAUCUCCAACUCUCAGAAGCUGCUCUCAAGAAUCUUAUGGGAAGGAAUGGUGAUUUCGUAGCGUCAUUAACGAGAGUAAUGCGGCGUGGAAGCUACGAGUGUCGGGCUUACGCGGUGUUCGUGUUGAAAUCGAUGCUCGAAAUAGCCGAUCCGAUGCAAGUCGUCGGCUUGAGACCGGAACUAUUCGUUGAGCUGGUUCGAGUUUUACACGACAAAAUUUCCGAACAGGCCUCAAAUGCUACAUUAAAGUUGCUGGUAACUAUUUUUCCAUGGGGAAGAAACAGAACCAAGGCCACGGAAGCCGGCAACGUCCCAGUCUUGAUCGACAUGCUUCUCGAUUCCUCACAUAGAAGAUCUUGUGAAAUAAUCCUGACGGCGCUAGAUAAAGUUUGCCAAUGCGCGGAAGGCCGGUUGGAGCUGCUAAGUCAUGGGGCGGGGCUCGCCGUCGUUUCGAAGAAGAUACUUCGGGUAUCUCAGUUUGCCAACCAGAAGGCAGUGAGGAUCCUGUGGUCCAUUUCCAAGUUCUGUGGCACAUGUGAUGUGGUUCAAGAGAUGAUGCAGUUGGGGAUCGUGGCUAAAUUGUGCUUGGUGCUUCAAGUGGAAUGUGGGCACAAGACUAAAGAGAAAGCUAGAGAGGUGCUCAAAUUGCAUGCUGCAGCAUGGAAGAAUUCUCCUUGCAUUCCAACCAAUCUGCUCUCCUCUUAUCCAGCUUGA